AUGGAUGAGAAUAUCGAGAUCGCGAUCGCUCUAGUCGAGGUUGCGAUUGCCAGAGCUCAGAUGGAAGCCGCUGAGAAGCGACUUGCACACCUGUCAGCGAGACAGGGCUCGUCUGUGUCAAACGCGCCCACUGGUGUUGGAAAGCCCACGACAGCCACCAGCGAAAUCGGACUGGGCUCUGCCGGAUAUGAAGAUGCUUUGACGCUCGAGGGUUUAGGCGCUGCGAUAGCAGAGAAGAGAGGAAACGCCCAGCCGCCUGUAAUCACUCCUGACGACGACUCGAUUCAAGCGCCUGAUGGUUCGCAAUGUAGUGCAGAUACGGGCCUGAAUGACGACUUUGCGCCUGGCAGUACGGCGUCGGAUGAAUACGACGAAUUGGCGGACGUGGUUGGAGAUGACCACGAGCCCGCCGAGACGAUCACGGCCCUCAGGAAUGAUGGUGUUGAAGAGCGGAUGCCGGUGGGAGUGUUCAUUGACCGCGUCUUUCGUUGGGGCGGCCUGGUAUGGUCAGACUCGCAGACUAGGCAGGGCGUAGACGUUGAAGCAGCGAGGCAGAUGGCUACGGAGAUGGUAGGCUUUGAAGUCAUCACUGAUGACCAGGUGAGAUCGUUACACCUCCCUCCGGCGCCGCUAACAGGGUUAAAGGUCGGCCAGCGUGCGCCUCUCGAGAUCAAGUCCGCUUGCCAAUGGGUUUCGGAAUCUCGAUUGGCGACGAAGGUGUACACAUCGGUCGCGGAGUCAAACUACUCAGCACUCGUUGCGCAGGCCUGGUGCGCCAUCCGACAGCUUCCGUACAACGAGGUGCUCAAAAUGAACGGACGCUAUGGACUCAUCGGCAUAAUCCGCGCGAUUUACCAGGCGAACGCGAUAGAUCCAGAGGCGCGUGAGGAUUUCCGGAUGAUGAUGCUAGACGCCGCAGAGGCCUUGCGGGCCAUGCGCGAGACCAUCUGGGCUGCGCGCUCCGCUGAGUUGGUACCCGCAUCCGCGCCGAUCACAGCACCACCAGGCACACUUCUCGACGUGCUGAUGCAGCGUGAUACCUACCAGACGGUGAGGACUUCGGAGGCAAUCAAGCGCUUUGUAAGCGGAGAUGUCAUCGAGAUUGACGACGACGACGACGACGAGUUGCAUGAUCAGAAGAAGAGAGGCAAAGGCAAAGACGGCGAGAUGAAGCCUGCUAUCCCUGCGAAGCGAAAGUCGACAGGGACGACGAAGCCUUCGCUGAAGAAGAGUAAGUUGGUUUAA